AUGAAGAUCUCAGAACCUCCUGCAAUCAGCAAGCCAACCAGGGACGAAAGCGAGUUAAUCCGGAUGUACUUGAAAACGAUUAUCUGCGACUUUAAAGCACCAAUGCUCAUCGCAUUUCCUAUACUUAUGGGCCUUAUGCUAAAAGAAACCGUUAAGAGUUCCUUAUUCCUCAGAUUUAUUAUAAUGCUUCUUCCAUUCUCGUACUCAGCUCUAGAAUGUUUUCUCCUGUUUCGCAACAACUUAGAAUCGAGCUAUAGAUCUGAACUGCACAAGAUGCCCUACUCCAUUUUUAACGUCCUUCUUAUUGCAUUCUCUGUUAUUUCUAUUCUUUCAAUCGCCAUAUUCCCACUCAGCACAUGGAGUAAUAAUGAUGUCAGCUCCUAUUCCAUGCUUCUUCCCUGCUUGAUUGUACCACUUACUUACAUGCUAUCCAUCUCUUGUAGCCUUGUUUCAGGAUCAAUAUUAUUUACUGAUACCGGGAUUGAUAUCCUCAUUGAUGCCUCACUACUGCUGUGCACACUACUACUGUUGGUAUUUUGGAUUAUAGAAUCCAAGUAUUUUCCCUACUUUGUUUUUGCCUCUCUCAUCCUCGUCUUAAUAAGAUCGUUCAGGACGAGGCAUGCUCCAUCCAAAGAGAAUUCUUUACCUGUCACAGCAUGGAGAGUAGUUGUUUUUGGCUCUAUUUUAGUUCUCUCCAUAGUCAUUUAUGGCUCAAUAGCAUACGAACUCCUAGAUCCCAUCCAUCAGGGAUGGAAGACAAUAGAACGAAGAAUACAUCACUUAUAA